AUGAAGAAGAUAGAAGAUAACAACACACUUGUGUUCAUUGUGGAUGUCAAGGCCAACAAGUACCAGAUUAAACGGGCUGUGAACAAGCUCUAUGGCAGGAGCACCACCAGAGAGUUUCUGAGCAUGAAUGUAACUGUCACACCUUGGGUGACCGAAAGCAAACGGCAGAAUGAAAGUGACUGGGAGGAUUUUGAUAAAGAGUAUAAAAUAGCUUUGCUGAUCUCAAGCAUUGUGGAAUUCAUCAUUUCCCUGGUGGGGCUGGCAGGAAAUUCUGUGGUGCUCUGGCUCCUGGCUUUCCACAUACAGAGCAAUGCUUUCUCCGUCUACAUCCUCAACUUGGCUGGAGCUGAUUUUGUCUUUCUAUGCACCUACAUGCUAUUCUCCAUAAUGAAUUUUGUUGGAUAUAAGUACUCCAUCCACAUGAGACGAGUUUUAUUUUUAGGAUUUUUCUUUCCCUAUGUUGCAAGCCUGAGCAUUCUCACUGCCAUUAGCACUGAGCGCUGCCUGUCUGUCCUAAAGCCCAUCUGGUAUCGUUGCCACCGCCCAAAACAUAUGUCAUCUGUUGUCUGUGCCGUGAUCUGGGUGCUCUCUCUGCUCCUGACCAUUCUAAAACUGGGGUUAAUUGACACAUGGUUUGGAUAUAUUGAUAGAAAUUUGUGUUUUAUAAUUGAUUUUAGCAUUCCCACAUGGCUGCUUUUCUCCUUUGUGCUUAUGUUCGGGUCCAGCCUGGUGCUGCUGGCCAGGUUGUUGUGUGGGUCCCUGAAAAUGAAGCUGACCAGGCUGUAUGCAACCAUCGGACUCACAAUUCUGGUCUUCCUCUUAUGUGGCUUGCCCUGGGGAAUCAGUGAUUUUCUCUUACACUGGAUGCGAAAUUCUUUUCACUUGGACAUCCCUAAAGUAAAUUUAGCGACACACGUAUUAGCCUGUGUCAACAGCUGUGCCAAUCCCAUCAUUUACUUCUAUGUUGGCUCUUAUAGAAAGCAGCAAAGACAGCAAAGAAAGAGCCUAAAACUAAUUCUGCAGAGAGCUCUGCAGGAUGUUCCUGAGGAGAAUGGAAGUCAAUACAGCCUUCCUCAGGAGACGCCAGCGAUGUCAGGAAAUAUUCAUAUGACCUAA